AUGACCAAGUCGGGAAAGGCCUCGGCCGUCGCGAACGGAACCACGAUCGCCGAGGCGACGGAGUGGGAGGAGGUUGAGGGCAACGUCUACUUCCCACCCUCGGCGGUGCGGGCAGACGCUCUGGAGAAGUCGGAAACGACGACGUUCUGCCCGUGGAAGGGGACCGCGAGCUAUUACUCGGUCAAGGUCGGCGACGACAAGCUGAAGGACGCGGCUUGGUAUUACCCUGCGCCUAAGGACGGGGCCAAGGAGAUCAAGGACCACGUCGCCUUCUACAAGAGCAAAGUCACUGUUACUGUUGAGUAA